AUGGCCGAUUUUGGACCUCGUGCCCCCCAUGGGCCCGAUAUGUCCGGAGAUCACAACCCGCUCGAGGAUAUGGAUGUCCACGAGAGAGGUGCUUUCGAUACCCUGAUCCGGCCUGAUGACAGCUAUACCCCCGACGGUACCUACUGGGCUGAUCUACCGCUCUUCAAGAAGAUCGGCUUCGUCACAUCCUACGACAAUAAGGAAGCUAAACGAGAGCUUGGCGACAUCUGGGCAAUGAUGAAGGAAGAUCCCCUCUCACCGAUAUCCUACUACUUCCGCAACAUGGUCCUUCCCGGUGCUGGUCUCGGUCUGGAGGGUUACGUGCUCUUCUCCAUCGGUAACAUUAAGCCUCUUUUCGAAAAAGCCUUCCCCGACUGCUGGGAUACUGCGACAACUUGUAGCCAACAGUGGAUCUACGCCAUUGACUACCUCGAGAUCAUUGGUAUCAUCGUGGGUCAGAUACUGGUGGGAAUCUUGGGUGACUGGGUUGGCCGUCGCUGGGGUUUGAUUCAAGAUGCUGCAAUCAUGCUUCUCGGUCUGAUUAUGUUGACUGCCGCCUGGGGUGUGACCCAGAACGGCUGGGUUAUCUGCUAUGCCUGGUGUCUCUUCAUCUACGGUAUUGGUGUUGGUGGCGAAUACCCCAUGACCGCCACCAGCGGUAUGGAAAACGCCGUCGGCUCUGGAAAGAUCUCCACCAAGGAGGAUCGUCUGCACCGUGGCCGCAAGGUUACCAGUGCCUUCCUGAUGCAGGGUUGGGGUCAAUUCUUCAAUCAAGUUGUGCUCAUCAUUCUCCUGCUCUGCUUCCACCAUGGCAGUGGCAAUAACCCUUACUCCGCCGUUGCUGUCCAGUGGACAUACCGUGUUUCCUUCGCCAUUCCCGCUGUCGGUACUCUGUGGCUUGUGUACUACCGUGCCUACCACAUGAAGGCCGCCAGCAAGCAACUGACCGCUGCCAAGAAGAAGGCCUCCGUUACCGGCUAUGACGCCAAGUCUCUGAAGUUGACCUUCAAGUACUUCGGAUUCCGCAUUUUCGCAACUGCUGGCGGCUGGUUCGCCAAUGAUGUUUUCUUCUACGGCAACAAGCUCUUCCAGAGCGAGUUCAUCAAGGUCAUCAGCCCUCAGUCCGAUUCUGUCAUGCCCACCUGGUUGUGGAACUUGGUCAACGUCGGUGUCUCGCUGUGCGGAUACUACCUGGCCUCCUUCCUGAUCGAUAACAAGCUUUACGGCCGUAAAUGGAUGCAAAUUGUUGGCUUCAUGCUCUGCUUCAUUCUGUUUAUCGUCCCUGCAUUCCACUUCGAAUACUACCGCCGCCCCGAGAACAUCAAAUCCUUCCAGACCAUGUACUUCCUCAGCUCUUUCUUCAACCAGUUCGGACCUAACUCGGUCUCCUUCCUGGUUGCUGCUGAGGUCUUCCCUACUCCUAUCCGUGCCUCCGCUCACGGUAUGUCCGCUGCCUGUGGUAAGGCCGGUGCCCUUUUGGCUGCCGUCCUGUACAACUAUAUCGACACUCAGACCAAGUUCUAUGUUGUGCCCUGGUUUGGUCUGGCCGGUGCCAUUAUCACCGCGAUCUUCCUUCCUGAUACCACUGGUCUUGACCUGAAGGAACAGGAGCGUCGCUGGCAAUUCCUUCGCGAUGGUCGCGAGGAGGAAUACCAUGGUCCUGCCGUGCACCCCAAGCACCUGUCUUGGUACGAGCGCUAUGUCCUCCGCAAGUGCCGCUUUUACGAUGCCGAGCUUGACUACCAACGCAAGGUCGAGGAGUACCGCGCCCAGUGGGAGGACGCCAUGGCAUCCAAGGCCGCUGAGAAGGAGAACGAAAACGAUAUGACCUGUGACACCGAUGACUCUCUCCUCGAGGGCCAUGUCCACACCUACUUCCACCGUACCAGCCCUAUGUUCAAGGGUAUGGAGAAGAAGGUCACCAAGCAGGACAACUUCCUCUUGCCUCCGCCCGCCGAGAGCGAGUCUGAGGACAACCACUCAAAUGAGAAGCAAUAA